AUGCACAAAUAAUUAGCUUCUUCAAAUAAAAAAACAACAGCUUCUGGGGUCUAUGCCAAGGCACAGGAGAACCUACUGAGAAGCAUUCAAAAGAAUAGGAGACCUGCUAAUGAUGAGAAUGAUAGAAGCAAGAUCUUAAGCAGGCAGCCCAAGGAAAUAGAGGAAUUUCUAGAAGGCACUAAAAAUUUUUAUUAGAACAACCAAAUUCAUCCUUUGCAAACAGAUAAUAGACAUAUUAAUGCAAAGGACAUAUAAUUUUCUGCAAAUGGGUUAAGAGAUAACCAAAACGUAAUAAAUUUUCAAUAGAAACCUACAACCAUCUUUUCAAAUAAUUCAUGCACCAAUACUUAAGCAAAGUACUCAAUCACAUCAAGUCAUAAAAAGCAGGGACCAACAAGUAGGAUUGAUAAGAAACUUUGCCCUGAUGAAGACACUCAAGCCUAUAACACUUUGCUAACUUAUAAAUAAGAAAAAGCUCCAUCCUCUGAUAAUUCAAUAGGCUCUUCAUUAUCUGCAUCUCCAUCAGAAGCUAGCACGCUCUAAAAGCACACAAAUGAAAACUAAAAAAGCAGCAAGGUGCUAAAUCCCUUCAGACUCAAUGAAUAUCAAAGUUUUUCGAUUCCUCAAUCAACUUAAUCUCAGCAUCAAAGCAAUAACAAACUUAUGAGCGACAUUAAAAAUAUGUCAACCACAAUGAACAAAAAUGCAAUACUAAAAAAUAAAAGACUCCAAAAUAAGCUUGAAAAAACUCUCAAUCAAGAAAAUCACCUUUAUUCUGUUCGACAAAGUGUUUUGCAAGUCUCUGCUUCUAAAGACUAGUCAUAUUCAAGAAUUAAUCAAUAAGCAUUAGCUUCUCAAAGAGGUAUCAAUCCUGUUAAAACUUCAACUUAAAAUUUCUAAAUCGCAAUGGCAAGACAUAGUAAGCCAGAGAUUAUGUAAAAUUCAUCAAUAGCUAAGUUGAAAUCCAAUUCAAAGAUAAGUCUUAGUAUUGCAAUAAACAAUAACAUAAAUUAUUAGUAGCUACCCAAAGUCUAGGAUAAGCCUUAGGCUAAGAAACUUAGAGAUGAUUCAGAUGAAGAAACUAUUGAUUCCUAGGAGAUGUCUCAAUCAUUGAUUCAUAAAGAAAUGUACCAAAGUAAAAUGGAAAAAGAAAGAAAAUCAAUUGAUAUUCACUAAAGCAAUAAAAUAAAUAUAAAUAAGCUGCCGAGCCAAGGAUCAAAUGGUCAAUUAUUUUCCUUUAACGAAGGCCUAAUUUCAUCAACAUCAAGUGCAAAUAAAAGAGCACGAUGGGAUUUAUCUGGAGGAAAAAGCACACUACAAAACUCUUUCAGGAAAAAUAGUGAUUCAGAAAUGAUUGUUCAUCCUCUGCUUCAAAAAAUAAAUGACAUGGAAAGCAACGAGAAAGAAAAGAAGUAUGACUUGCUUCAUAAGCAAUAUCUUGCCAUUAGGAAAUAGCUGAAAGACUAUAAAGCUACAACUGGAGAAUCUAAAACUCAAAGGAAUGACUAAUAUGACGAGGACGACGAGAAUUAAAGAUAGUCCUCAUACUUACUGAGUCCAGCAAGAACUUCAAAUUAUUCAUAAGAUCCAGAUAAUGAAAGCUAAUAUUCAAAUGUAAAACUGAAACUUAAGUCUAAAACCAACAACAAGCAUAAAAAGAUUGAGGAAAGCUCCCUUUAUAAAGGUUAUCAUCUUACAUCUUAAAAGUAACAUAGAAGAAAAAGGAGCAACUCUUAAUUCAAGUCUAUUGAUGUAUAGUUUGUUGCUAAUAAUUUGAAGUCAUCCUUAAAGCAAGAAACUUCUCCUUCAAAUAAAUUUACUACUGCUCUUCAAUCUAUUGAAAAGUUUAAGAAUGAACUUGAUCAUCAUACCAUCUCUAAAUUAAAGAACAAGCUUUAUAAGGAAAUAUAAGCAUUAGAACAGUUAAAGCUUGAUGAGGUUAGUAAAAAUUCUGAUUGCAAUAGCAGUACUAUGAAAUAAAUAGGGGCAAUGAAAUCAUAAAUCUAAAUAGGAUUGAGAAAGUUAUCAAUCAAUAAGUAAAUGCUUGAAAAUGAUAGCUAAAUAUAGGCAAUGUGCUUAAUGACUCAAAAGAAAAUGAGGAAAACAUAUGAUGAUUCCAGAAAGAGAUCAAUUGCUCAUGAAAACAGCAAGGAAAAGUAAGUCAGCAGAAAGUAACCUUCAUAAUCCUAAGUUUCAUUUGUAAAUGUCAAUUCCUACAGUGACUCCUCUGAUUAAUAUCACGAAUGUCACUCGAGAGACACUAGGAAAAGUAGAACUCAUACUUAAACUAAAAAGUCAUAAAUUCGAAACUAAAGUUGUAGUAGUGGGGAAAAAUCUAGCAUAUAUGAUAUGGCUGAAGGUGAUGAUGAUAGUUUUUGCAGUUGUUGCAAGCAUGAAAAGCAAAGACAAACUAUGAGAUCAAAUCACAAGCCUAAGAAAGCAUGGGUCGAAUUUUAGAGAGAAGCUACAUCAGAGAAGAAAAAAAUGUUUAAUAGCAAGAUUCUUAAGUAGUAAACUGAAAAAUUAUAAGAAAAAUCUAGAAAAAUAAUCAAUGAUCACAGAGUUGAUAGAAGUUCAGUUAAAUAUGGGAAAGAGGAGAAAGACAAAGAUAAGAGAGAGAUAAUGCUGAUCAAUCAACCUCUAAAUAGAAAAGAAGAUCCAAUUCUAGACAUAAUAAAAGUGCUCAUAAGGAAAAAAGGUCAAAGCUAGUAUUAGCAAGUGAAUCCAUGGCUUUCCUCGUAAAUAAUUAAGAAUAUACCCAAUCCUUAUGGAUAAUCUUUUGAUUCACAAAAUGCCCUUUGGUAACAUCAGUUAGCUUUUACCUCCAGUCUACAACAGCCAUAGAUGAUCUAAUCUGGAUUUCUUCCCAGUUAAAAUUUCUAGAUGUUUUUGCCAAACUAGCAAUAAUUAUUAUAGAAUAGUGCUUUAUCAACAGCACAUUAAAUCUAUCCAUAAACCUCUACAAGCUCCAAUUUGAUGCCAUAAAUUAAUUAGAGUUUAUAAUUGGGAAAAUUAGCGACAAAUAACUCCACUACUAACUAAAAUAGUCUUUAACAGCAACUGCUUAACCAAUAAAACUAACUAAAUAAUCUCAUCUAAUAGCAGUAAAAUCUAUUAUGGCAAGCAAAUAAUUCUAAUCAAUUACCAAAUAGUGAUUAAACAUAAGCUCUCGAAUCUCAUAAAGAGUAAAUAGAAGCGAUUGAAAAGCUUAUAAAGCAAGCUAAAUCUAAACUUGAGCACAAUUUGAUAAACAAUAAGAAUUAAAGUUGCAAAUUCUCAGAUAUUAAUCCAGUCUUAUCUUAGUCUUCUUAAAGCAAAUUCAACUACCAAUACAGUAAGGGUUCAAACCUCGAUAUUGAAUCAGGAACACACUACAUUGAGGAAAGAACUGUUGAUGGCAAAAAGAAGAAUUCUAGAAAUGAAAAGAAUGCACCUCUAAGUACUGAAAACAAAGCAAUGCAAAAUGAAAGUGUAAAGGGUACUAAUGAUAUGAAUAGUGAAGCAAAGUUUUAAAGGAAUCUUAGCCAUUUUUAAAGAGAUUUUUUAAAUCAGAGGAGAUUUUCAGAUUAAAGUGAAGCUAACCUGGAUUCUAAAUUUGGAACUAAUGCAAAAGAAACAAAAAGAUAACUUAAUUUUAAAGAAUAGGAAUAAUGUAUUCAGAGUUAUCAAGAGAACAAAGUAAAUACCCGAAUAGAAAAACAACAUAAUGGUGGAAAGCAUAACAUUCAUAAGAAAUAAAAUUAAAAAAGUUCUCAAAAUCCACCUGACAUGAUUUCUAGUGUAAUGAAUCAAAGCAUUAGCUCAAUUACUGAUACUUUUAAGGUAAAUAACACUCUAGGGAGUACAAACACUGAAUGUACUCCACACCAUAAUGAUAGAAAUAGUCAUUAAUUAGAGUAAUUUGAGUAAAGACUCAUGAAUUGGAAGAAAAAAGAGAAUAAUCAUUUUGAUGAGAACUAGCUUUAGUAAGAUUAUCAAAAGACUAACUAUAAUAGCAAAAGAUAGAAUAGAGAAAAAUAAUAGUAAAACAAGCUAGAGUAGUAAAAUCCCCAGGAAGACACAACUCCUAAUGCCAAAGAAGUUCUAUGGAUAGAUUUCAAUGAAGGAAAGUAACCUAAGGGUAGGCCUUAAUCAAGAACAUCAUAGAGCCAAAAUAAAGAUAAUUUCCAGCAAAAGAAAUCUAUUGACAAUUAUCCAUAGUCAAUUCCAGAGGAACAAGAUGAUGACUUUUACUCUCCCAACUAAAACUUCAGUACAUCUCAGAAUAACAAGAAUCUAAUCAUCGUCUAAAACAAGACAUAGUGCACUGUUAAUAACAAAAAUUAAAAUAAAUCAAAACUUUAGCCCUCAGAGCAGAUUUAUUAAGAUUAAGUGAUAUUUGCUUAAAAAGAUACAAAUUAACCUAUGAAGGAAUCAUGGGCUAUGGACUUCACUGAUAAGGCUCAAGCAGAUCAACAAGCUUAAUCAAUGUCAGAUGCAUUUAAAAAUAGACUUCAAUCAAUGGAGUAGAGAUUCAAAAAGUAAAAGGAAAGUAAGGAGAAAAAAGAAUACUCAAAAGAAGAACUGCUAGAAAGGAAAAAAGAACUUUUAAAGCAGGCAAGAUAAAAGAUUUAAUAAAAUUAAGCUAACUUGGACUAAGAUAAUCAACCAAACUCAACAAUCCCUAAUGACAUGAAAACUUAAGACUAAAAUUAAAACAAAAGUAAAGAUUAGUAAAAGAAUAAUAAAAAUGGCAAAGUUGAAAAUGUGCCAACACAUUUGCUAAGUAGACUUUCUCAAGGGUAAAAGCCCGAGAUAAGCAAAAAGGAAAUGUUGAAGCUGACAAGUAAAAAUUACGAGUAGUUACCAGAAAUAAAGCAGAGAAAAGUAGAAGAAAUUAAAAGAGAGGAACUAAAGAAAAGACUCGCUAAUGUAAAGGAACUAGAAAAGAAAAGAAGGCAGAUUGUGGUGAAUAAGAGAUUAGCUACAGCAACUGCAAAUAACCCUAGUAAUAAACCAAGUAAUAAGACUAAAGAAGUCUUACCUACAUCUAAAAAUUGA